AUGAAAAAUACAGAUUCCUUACAAAAUAUUCACAAAUCUUCCACGCAACAACCGAGCAACGAACAAUUAGAACGACUAAGACAUCAUCAAGAAGAGCUGAGAAGACGUCGUGAAGAGGAAGCCAGGCACAGGAAAGAGGAAGAUUUCUUACGAACCUCUUUACGUGGAUCUAAAAAGCUUCAAGCGUUAGAAAAGCGUGUCCCACCAUCAGGAGUAGAUAACUCUGGUUUUGCUGAAAAUGAAGUAGACCUAUCAGAUGGUAUAAGUUUAGAGAAAGCUGAUAUUAAUGAUAAUAGAUAUAUGAAGACUAAUAUUGGAAUUGAAGAGUUAUUUUCCUCGUUGAAUCAUAUCCGCAGUCGAUUAGAUACAGCGGAAAACAAGGACAACAUAUCAUUUUUACGAACAUUAUUUCACAACAGUCAGUUUCAACAAGCUGUUACAAUACAUAAUAAAGUUGUGGAAGUGACCUCCCAAUCGCCACCCCCUUGUGCUCUGGCCCAUAAUUCCCAGGAUAUAGUUCAUGAUGUGUUUACGCUGUGUGGUGAUACACGGGAACCAUAUGUAGCUGAAUUACUCACAGUGCUUAAUAAACCAAACUUUAAGGGUUUGCUUCACUCCCAUGAUCUGAUAGCUGAGACCCAGGUAGAUGCUAUAACAGAAGAUGUCCAACGUGAAGAUGUAUUAGACUAUCCCUUGUUACAGUAUGGUGAAGAUACAGUGAAACUUAUACAUUUAGAAAAAUCUAAUGAACCCUUGGGUGCUACAGUGAAAAAUGAAGGUGAUUCAGUCAUAAUAGGUAGAAUAGUUAAAGGUGGAGCUGCAGAGAAGAGUGGUUUAUUACAUGAAGGAGAUGAGAUAGUAGAAGUUAAUGGGUUUGAUAUGAGAGGAAAGAAUGUAGAUGAUGUAUCAGAGAUGUUAGCCAAUAUGUCUGGUACUAUAACCUUCAUGAUUAUACCAGUUACUCAAGAGGUUAUACCACCCACUAUCUCACAGUCCAGACAGUCAACUGUUCAUCUAAGAGCGAUGUUUAAUUAUGACCCAGAAGAUGAUAUUUAUAUACCAUGUCCAGAGUUAGGUAUAUCCUUUAUGAAAGGUGAUAUAUUACAUGUUAUUAACCAGGAUGAUACACACUGGUGGCAGGCAUAUCGUGAAGGGGAACAGGAACAACAGUCACUAGCUGGUUUAAUUCCUAGUAAAGUCUUUCAAGAACAACGAGAAGCAGCUAUGAAUGUUUUAACACCAGAUGGUAAAGAAAAUAAAAAGAAAAGUAAAUCUUGUGCUUCUUGUGGUCAUAAAAACAAGAAAAAAGGCAAAAAGAAGAAAAAAUCUCUGUAUGCUGGGUCUGGUGAAGACACUGAAGAAAGUUUAACAUAUGAAGAAGUAGCCAGAUAUUACCCACAACCCAACAGAAAACGACCUAUUGUUUUGAUUGGUCCAUCCUCUGUUGGUCGUCAAGAGUUACGAGAUAUGUUAAUUAGUUCUGAUGUUGACAGAUUUUCUAUCAUUGUUCCUCAUACAAGUAGAGUAAAGAAAGCAGAAGAAUCAAAUGGUAAAGAAUAUCAUUUUAUAACUCGUGCUAUGUUUGAACAAGAUAUACAGAAUAAUAAGUUUGUAGAGUAUGGAGAAUUUGAGAAGAAUUAUUACGGUACUACGUUAGAUGCUAUAAGAAGAGUUGUCAAUCAAGGCAGGAUUUGUAUUCUAAAUCUGGAACCAGAGUCAUUAAAGAUAUUACGAAGUUCUGAUUUAAAACCUUACGUUAUAUCUGUUUACCCUGGUAACCUGGAAAAAUUACGCCAAAUUCACAUCAAGUUGGGGAAAUCACGAACGACUGAUGAAGAGUUGAAACAGAUUAUAGAAGAUGCCAGGGAAAUGGAAGAAGUCUAUGGACAUCUAUUUGAUUAUGUUUUAGUGAACACUGACUUAACUCGUGCUUAUGAAGAACUAUUGAAUGAAAUCAAUCGUAUUGAAGUUGAACCUCAAUGGGUGCCAUUAGAGUGGGUAGAUAACUAUAUGUGA